GCCUCGUCGCGGGCUCGACACUGGGAGCGCUCGGAGGAAGUUGGCAGCUCGCAGGUGCGGAAUUUCGAGCGGGGAAUUGUCGCGGCAGGUGUGCAGGUGAAGAAGAAGCGAUCGUGGAUUCGUGUGAGCAAUUUUGCUGAAGCAUGCGAUCUCGGUGCGGGGACUGGGUGAGGUGAACGGCCUCUUCCCGUCGUGCUUGAAGUCGUGGCAGAGCGAUCUCUCUCUCUCUCUCUCUCUUUGCUUGGAGCCUCGACUUGAGUUUGGGUCGUUUUGCAGUUUGGAUGACAGGUUUAAGGAACCCACUCGCUUGCAGAUUCUGUUCUAUGAGGGUUUACAUCUAUUAGGGCGUGCAGACACAGCUGAUUUGCGUACUGGAUAUUUCAAUCCGCUUAAUUCCCUGAAAUUCGUUUCACAGGUUCUGGGGAAUUGAAUCAGAGCAUCGGAAUCUCCAGUUAGGGAAGGUAAAGGAGACUGAUACACUAACUGAGGUCAGUGUGAAAGGCAUGGUUUUAAUCGCCAGGUAGGAUGGGUAUGCUUAGCGCUCAGCUGCAGCACCAUAUAUCAUCGGGUUUAUCAGUGAAGGGGAAAGCUGGUCAGAAUGGAACAUGGUCGAAUUCUCGUCUCUGCCUAUCUUGUUUGGCUUUCCCUUUCCCCGCAGAAUCAAGUAGUUUUCCUACCAGAGGAAGGAUUGGACACGACAGUAAGAAUGAAGGCUUUGGCGUACAGUUUGCGUUGUACAGCCUGAAUCGAUCUGGAUUGGUUGGAUAUGGAUAUAAGCUGAGGUCUGGCAGAAGACCACGCUCUUUGAAUUCAGGAUUUUUGAGCCACUUUGGCAUGGCAAGCGCCGAGAGGUUUAGGCUACAGUCUACGAGGAGCAACAGCUCGUCUCCCACGACCAUGUCAUCGGUUGAUCGCGUUGGUGAAACUCCGAGUGAUGGUUAUUUUGAUGGUGGCUCGGCAAGUCAUCAAUUGUCUUCAACUGUUACCCUCCCGGCCAUGAUUCCACAGAGUUUGCGACUCAAGCAGUUGUCAAUAAUUGAACAAGCGUUUCUACUUCUAGGUCUCAUAGCAUGUGUGACUUCGUUUGCCCUGUUUGCCCUCAUCAUCACUGCCAUCCCGACCCUGAAUGCUAUGAGAAAAGCUGCAGUAUCAAUGGAAAAGUUGGCAGAAGUUGCUCGAGACGAGUUGCCAGGAACGAUGGCGGCCAUCCGAUUGUCAGGAAUGGAGAUCAGUGACCUCACCCUGGAGUUGAAUGAUCUGAGUCAAGAGAUAUCAGACGGGAUGAAGAGCUCGGCUAGAGCUGUACAAGCUGCUGAAGUUGGAUUACGACAGAUGGGUCAAGUAGCUGCCUCUCAGACUCUGGCUAUGCUCCAAGAGAGAGCCAGUGUGCCCGUUGAGGUCGUGAGGCCUGCUGUUGUCAGUGCUGCAGCAACCACACUCCAGGCUGUAGCGCAGGCUCAACAGAUGGUACUCAAUCUGGUAACUUAUCCUCGGAGCUGGCUGGGAGGCAAAGGGAAUCAAGAAGAAAAGCAGAAGUCUAUAAAUUUGGAGGCGACUCCGGAAACUUCUCCCUCGGCUACUAUGGUGCAGACACAAGAAAUACCACAAACGCAACCUCUAGAAGAAUCAACUUUUCUACCUUACGAAAGUGAAAUGUCCGAGUACGCGUCGUCUGAUGCCUAUCUCCGACCGGACGAAUCUGAUUUUCUAUUGUUUGAUGAAGUAGACUCGGACGAGGAUGGAGAAGAAGACGGUGACAGACCUAAACAGGAAGACUCAAAGAAGUAGCUACAGCUGUGAUCCCCUCAGAUCUUCUUUUCCAGCAUCAAUGUUACCACAUCUUGUAUAGGGCAUUCAUCCAGCCAUAGGCACGAACACACAUAUGUGCAGUUGUAUUAUCAGAUCAGGAAGAAUUAUGAUUAGAAGCACGUCUAGCAAGGUUCAGAUACUAGUAAGGGCACCAGUUCGUGUUCUGUAUGUACCAUUAAGACUGACGGAAUUACGUGGACUUGGCAGAACAGUUGAUGCUUCAGGAAAAUGCUAAUUGUGAAAUCUAGCUAUGUAAUCAAUUCGAUGUUCUUAUGCAAUAUGAGAUGUACACUAUCU